UCCGAGGAAACCUGCCCUUCAGAGGGAAGGCGACAACACCUGGCCCGCCCCGUCGUUUUGGAUGCGAGAGCUGUGUCGGCAGUAGCGAGCGGGGACACGGUGCCGCGGCCCCAGAGCCGCAGUUGCUGGCCAGCUGUCACCCAGACGCGGCGCUUACGCUUUUCCGUGUCUCUGGGUCAGUUUGUGCUCGAUUACAAAAGAGUUAAACUUCAAGCUGCGCUGCCCGGGGGCGGCGGGCGCAGUCCCGCGGGCCGGAGGCCGCUGCGCAUGCGCGCCGGGCUCCCGCUGCGGCGCCUGGGCCGCCGGCCGCGCGCCCCCUGGCGGGCCGGGCCGGGCCGGGAGGGCGCCGGUUCCGUGGCGGCAUGCGGGCCAGGGGGCUGUGGGCGCUGCUGGCCGCCCUGCGGGCCGGCUGGUGCCUGCUGCCGCAGGCCGGCUACCUGCACCCCGACGAAUUCUUCCAGUCGCCCGAGGUGAUGGCAGGAGAUAUUUUAAACCUACAGGUCUAUUAUCCUUGGGAGUUCCUUUCCAGCUCUCCUUGCAGAACAAUUGUUUUCCCAUUAAUGACAUCUGGAGUUACCUACUGGGUGAUCAAGUCUUUGCAGCAGCUGGACAUAUGUUCAAGUUGCAUCAACAGCUACACCCUUCUUGUAUCACCUCGCCUUCUCUUUACAGUCUUUUCUUUCAUACUCGACUAUAGUGUUUACCGGUUAGCUCCUUUCUGGGAAGCGGAUCCGUGGAAAGCACUGGUACUUCUUGCCGGAUCUUAUGUCACUCUGGUAUUUUAUACCAGAACAUUUACCAACACGCUUGAAGGACUUCUCUUUGCUGUUCUGAUGGUAUUGGUUUCCUCAAGAAAGUCUGAUGGCAGCUUAGUGGGGCCUACAAGCAGCCCUCUCAUAGGUAUUAUAACAACUGCUGGGUUUUUCAACAGGCCAACCUUUCUGGCAUUUGCUCUAAUGCCCCUGCUUUACUGGGCAGGUUUAAUUGUUGACUCUCAAAAGAGCAUUAAAACCGUCAUAAACCACUUUUCAAAGCUUGUCCUCUGUGCAUGUUUUACUGCUAUUGUUUUUGUAACAGCCGAUACCUUCUAUUUUACCUCCAUGGGCUUAGACAACCUCUACAGCAUUAAAAAGAGCAGCCUAUUUGAUGUAAUAAGUCAAUUAAAUGAGAGAAUGAUAGUAACCCCUUUCAAUUUUCUCAGCUAUAAUCUUAAUCCUCAUAAUCUUGCACUGCAUGGAAGUCACCCCCGAGUUACACAUUUUACAGUCAAUGGCAUAAUGCUCUUUGGGGUCUUACAUAUUCUGGCCAUUGGUGCUGGUAUUAAAACGUUGAAGGAAUACAUCCAUCAAUUAAUACGGGUCAGAUCAUUUUGCCAUGGGUCAUCUGGGCUAUCAGUGCAUUCCGAGGGCAGUCCAACAUUAUUGCUGUUUUAUUUUGUUCCUUUGGCAUUUCUCUCCCUAUUCAGUCACCAAGAACCUCGGUUUCUCAUUCCUCUCAUCUUGCCAUUAGUCCUGUUCAGCACAUCACAGAAUAGAGCUGUGAAGUGGAGACACGUCAUUACUAUUUUCAAUGUUCUUGGGGCUUUGCUGUUUGGGUGCUUACACCAAGGAGGACUGAUACCGUGUUUGUGUCACUUGGAGCAACUCAUGCAUUCUCCAGAGUCCUCAAACCAUCCAAGACACUAUACUCUACUCUUUGCUCACACCUAUAUGCCUCCUAGGUCUCUGCUUAAUAUCAAGAAGAGAGACACGCAUAUAGAAGUCAUUGAUAUGGCUGGGUCUGAAGAAGAAACCCUCUGCCAAACAGUAGAACAGCAAGCAAACAAUUUUACCUGCAGUGACUGUCAUGUUUUUGUUAUAAUCCCUGGUACAGUCAGAGCCACAAUUACAAAAUGCGGUGUCUCGUUCAAGAAUGAGACUUUGAUAUUUCCACACUUAUCAAUGGAAGACCCACCACAAAUACCCUUCCUAUUCAGUGGAAACUGGAGAAGUCAGUUAGGACUAUACAUCCUCCAGGUAGACAGAGAUCAGCAGCGCCUUUAGAUUUCAGGAGAACAAUGUUUUAGUUUUUCACUUCACUUGGGUGCUGCCCAAAGGUGCUGUGAGACCUUCCUCUUCAUGGACCCACCUUCAGCACAGGUAGUGGCACUGGGAGUCCCUGAGUCUCUUCAUUCCCUUUCUUCAUGCUCUUACACUCACCAGUAUAGCCAGUUCUGGACAGAACCUGCUUAAGAUUUGAGUUAUUUGGCCCCUGUGGUGUUUCAUAGGAACUUCUGUGGUCUUUCUGAUGAGAGAGGAGGAAAUCAGAGCCCACCAAAACUGUGAUUCAGCUUAGCUCUUACCACAUGAGAUUUAUUUGUGAAAGUCAUUAUGAUCUCUGACAGAGGGUUUGUGGAUUAUGUGUUUUUUCACUGAGAAUAAGCAUUAACUCAGCUGCUGGAGUGAGGUUACAGGACUGGACAAAAGCUGGUCUGACUCAAUAAGGUUUGGGGUUUUUUUAUGCUCUUAAAAAUUCAGAGCCUCCUCUCAGUCAUGAGACCAGACUGCAGUCACAAUAUAGGCACCAGCGCUGUAAUAUUGUCUUGGGUGGUUCCGCCUUGAAAAAUCCCUAGCAUUGAUCUGACAGAAUCUGAUUUAGAACAUGGAAGAUGCUUCAGCCUAAGUACGUGUGCUAAAUCCUAAAAUCCAUGCUUUGCCUGUUUAGUGUUUCUUGCCACAGUUCCGUUCUUGUGGACGUGCUACAUGUGUAUUAUAUACAGCAGCUUGAGAAUGCUGCAUUCUGAUGGCAUUAAGCCUGUCUGUUGUUUAGCUCCUGCAAACGGGGUAGUCCUUCCCUAGCGCACUCCCACUGCAUGUCUCGCAGAUUUCAUUGCUCUGUCGUGGCUCUAACAGCGGCAAUGGUGCAGAGCAGGCCCUGCAGUGAGCUGGUUCAAGGAGCUGCGCAGACAGAAAACAGGUAGCUCAGAGGGAUUUGAUCCUUCUUAUGCAUUUGACCAGAUGGAUCUCCGAACUGGCUUACUGCAGGGUUACAGUUAUGCUGCAGGGGAGCGCAUGCGGAUCCGAGGGAGGAGCUGCAUCCCCUGUGCCCCCCUCCCCUUUCACUAACUGCUCCCCAUUAAAUCGGCUUAGUGAGAAUGACAGAUCACAUCCUGGCUCUCUAUUGGAGAACAGUCUGAUUUUAAAGUGGGAUACAAAUAACCCUGAGCUGAGAUACAACCAUUCAGCUGAGAAUGAUGUAUAUGCUUAAUAGUGUAGCACAACUAAUAAGUUUUGCUUUUGCCUGUGUGAACUUCUGGAUCCGAAACAUCCCAACACGGAGGGAUAUACUAGUUUGGCACAUGCAUUGUAGGUCAAGCCUCUCUCUAUGAAACGAAUCUGACACUUGAAUUCUUUCUGCUUAUAGAGGCAGUAAUGCUUUUGGCAGUUCUUCAUCCACACACCUUUACAUCAGGUCUUACAAGCCAGGUUUUGAACAGAGACAAGAAUAAUACAGGUUCUUGCCAGGCUUCAAAGGGAAGCUAGGAAAAAUCCCUGUGCGAUGGAUUUGCCUGUAUCUUCCAAGCUACACGUACGAUCUAGACUUUUAAGGAACACAGCUCUUGCUCUCUUGUAAAGCAUUUUGUGUUGUCUCCCCUACACGUUCAUCCCACAUCCUUCAUCCCUCAUUAUUGACAGGCCUGUAAAUUAAAGGUGCAUGUUUUGGGGGGAGGUAGGGGGAAAAGGGUGGGUGCACGUAUGUUUGUACUGAUGACUUACAAAGUAGUUGGAAGUAGUUACGAAAGCGUCGUGACAUUAAAUUUACCUUCCAAAUUAAUUUUGGUUUUGCUCUUUUAUGUUGUGACGGUAGCCAUGUGCCACAGCUGGUACUCCAUGUCCUGCUUACUGUUUUCAGCUUUCUUAAACAGCUUAAGUUUUGAAAAUUAUUUUCAUGAAACUUAUGGUGUCUGGCAAUCUCAGCGGGGUAGAUCUUGAAACUCUUCAGUGAUGUGAUGGAGCACCAUUCCCAUGGCACGAUGACUUCUCUACCGGUACACGGGUACCCUGUGAUGAAGUCAGGAAGAGAACCUGGACUACAACUACUGACUCAGACUGAAAAUGCACUACUUUUGUCUCACCAGCUAGACCUUUAUAAUUUACACCAUAGAUGCAGUUUUUCCAUCCACGCACACCUGAGUCUUUGUUGGUGGGAGGUUUAAUUUUACCAGCAAUGCUGGAAACUGUAUCUCAGAUAAUUCUUAAGGUUCUUUUCACCUGGGGUGAUAUAAAGAAAGGAAAUCAUCCUCCCCAGUUAACUAAGCAUCUAGUCAGCUGGACUAAAUAGUGAAACAUGCUAUGAAGGAAGGUUAACUACUUUAGUCUCAUCUAUGUUGUUAGAUACAGCAACUUACAUAAACCAGCCCAGUGCAUCCCAUAUGAUGGAUACAUCCUUUUUCUGUAUUUAUAUUUAGGAUGGCUCUAUUGGUGACUUCUUUCCCCCAAACCCUUCUUGCUACCAUAGACAUGAGGUGUGCUUUUAGGAUAGCUACUGCAUCUCUUUUACCUACCUGUAAAAUGGGCGAUUAUCCUAUCCAUCACCAUCAUCACUGACAUUUAGAGCUCUUUUUGUAUCAAAGUUGUAUAGAGUGUAGAAUAUUACUGCUGUAUAGACAGAAAUUGUUAAAGGAACUCCAGUCAGAAACGUUGUUUUAUUUCAAGUUUCUUAUCGAGCACUGAAAGUGACAAUUUUGACGGUGUUCUGGACGAUGUUUAAUGUGAGUCUGCCUGUUACCGAGUACUGUGGAAAGUGUAAACUAACUUUGAAAUGAAAAUCCGUCAUACCAAUCAGCA